AUGAGGGCCAAGCGGUCGAAGAAGUAUCGCAAGCUCAUGCACCAGUAUGAGCUUACUUUCGGCUUCCGCGAGCCGUAUCAAGUGCUGGUGGACUCGAAUUUCCUUCGUGCAGUGCACUCUUUCAAGAUGGAUCUCAUCCCGGCCCUCGAGCGAACGGUGCAAGGGAAAGUCAAGCCUCUUCUGACGAAAUGUUCUCUGGCCGCUAUCAUGGCCGACUCCCCAACCAACUCGAGGACCGACAAGCCCAUCCGUCCCGCGCAUCUCCCUCCGCCCACAGUCCUCCCUCUCCGCCACUGCUCUCACAACCCUGAAUCUACUCCCAUCGACGAAGUCGACUGUCUCAUGUCUCUUCUUUCGCCUAGUCCGGAUGCCAAAAAGAACAAAGAACACUACAUCCUAGCGACCUCAGAUCCUCCUACGCCGCACGAAGACAAAGAUGCCGCCAAUUCGAAGAAGAGAAAGAGGGUAGACCCUAGCCAAGAUCCUUUGCGGCGUGCCCAGUCUCUUCGUUCUGCAGCGCGCGCUAUUCCUGGUGUCCCGAUCAUCUACGUUAAGCGUUCGGUGGUGAUCUUGGAGCCUAUGAGCACGUCGUCAGAGCACGUGAGAGACGGCGUUGAGAGGGAUAAGUUCAAGGUUGGAAUUCAGGCUACAGCGACGGGAAAGAGGAAACGAGAAGAGGAGGAGGAGGCGCAGAAGAAGGAGCGCGGAUUGAAGAGGGCCAAGGGUCCGAACCCGUUGAGUGUGAAGAAGCCGAAGAAGGCAAAGGAAGACCCGUCGAAGCAGGGUCUGAAGCAGAAGAAGAGGAAUGAGCAAUCCAAGAACGGGGCUCCGGGAGAAGCUAAUCACAAUGGUGACGGCGAAGAGAGAAGAGAGGAUGGCGAAGGCGCACACAAGAAGCGCAAGAGGCGGCACAAGAGCGCGAAAACCAGCGGUGAUCAACCUGGAGGACCUGAAAAGGCUGAGGCGGCCGCUCCCGCUGAAGCAACGGAAUGA